AUGGGUGGCGGCAGCAACAGAGGCGGCGCCGGCGAGGUGAGCGGCAGCGACCACGACGGCGGGCUACGGAAGCCGCUGCUCCACACGGGCAGCUGGUACCGGAUGACCUCGCGGCAGUCCAGCGUCGCCCCCGGGGCCUCCUCCAUGGCCGUCCUGCGGGAGUCCCACGUCUCCGCCUUCCUCUGCACGCUCAUCGUCGCGCUCGGGCCCAUCCAGUUCGGCUUCACCAGCGGCUUCUCCUCCCCGACCCAGGACGCCAUGGCUCGGGACCUCAACCUCUCCAUCUCCGAGUUCUCGGCGUUCGGAUCGCUGUCCAACGUCGGCGCCAUGGUCGGGGCGAUCGCCAGCGGGCAGAUGGCCGAGCACAUUGGCCGUAAAGGGUCGUUGAUGAUUGCUGCAAUCCUGAAUAUCAUCGGUUGGCUUGCGAUCUCCUUUGCAAAAGAUGCCUCAUUUCUGUAUAUGGGACGAUUGCUUGAAGGGUUUGGUGUAGGCAUCAUAUCCUAUACGUUGUCCGUGACCUUUGGCAUAUUCUUGGCCUAUUUGCUCGGCAUGUUUGUUCCUUGGAGACUUCUAGCAGUGAUCGGUGCCUUGCCCUGCACAGUGUUGAUUCCUGGACUAUUCUUCAUUCCAGAAUCUCCCAGAUGGCUGGCAAAGAUGAAUUUGAUGGAAGAUUGUGAGACGUCCCUACAAGUGCUGAGGGGGUUUGAGACUGACAUCACGACAGAAGUGAAUGAUAUAAAGAGGGAUGUGACAUCAUCAAGUAAGAGGACUACAAUCAGUUUUCAAGAAUUAAACCAAAAGAAAUACCACACGCCACUACUUCUAGGAAUUGGCCUACUUGUACUGCAAAAUCUAAGUGGAAUCAACGGUGUACUGUUUUAUGCAAGUAGCAUCUUCAAAGCUGCAGGUGUUACAAACAGCGACUUGGCCACCUGUUCACUUGGAGCUAUCCAGAUCCUUGCUACUGGAGUUACGACAUGGUUGUUAGACAGAGCUGGACGACGCAUGCUUCUCAUUAUUUCUACCUCUGGCAUGACUCUAUGCCUUCUUGCUGUUUCUGUUGUAUUUUUUCUCAAGGAUAAGAUUUCACAGGAUUCUAACUCGUACUACAUCUUAACUAUGAUCUCCUUGGUUGCUAUCGUGGCUUUUGUCAUUACCUUCUCGUUUGGUAUGGGUGCCAUUCCAUGGCUCAUGAUGUCUGAGAUCCUCCCAGUUAGCAUCAAGAGUCUCGGUGGAAGCAUCGCGGCACUGGCCAACUGGCUGACAUCCUUCGCCAUAACAAUGACGACGAACUUGAUGCUCACCUGGAGUGUUGGAGGUCCACACCACACCUUUCUUGUGUUUCAGCUCUGA